AGCAAAGCAACCUGCACAUUGCAUCCAUCAACAUCGUACCUUAUCAUACCAUUGAGGGAAUCAACCAGCGAUGGCCAACUACAAGGUGGAAGAAAUUUCUGCUCCAAAAUUAGACUUGGGCGAAGGACCGCAUUGGGACAUCAAGUCCCAAAGUUUGUACUUUGUUGAUUUGUUUGAAGCGACAAUCCAUCGCUGGGACUACCGAGAAAAUAAAUCCUAUUCGGCAUCGGUUGAGGGCUGCACAUGGACAUCAUUCAUCAUUCCGGUGAAGGGCAGAAGCAAUGAAUUCGUGGUAGGUGAUGGAACGCGCCUUGUAUUGAUUACCUGGAACGGCAUCGCUGACAAAGCGAAAACUUUGAAAGUCAUUGCCGAUCUUGGAGAUACGGAGAAAACCAACCGAUUCAAUGAUGGGAAAGCGGACCCGAAAGGACGUUUGUUUGCCGGUACGAUGAAAGCCGAGCACAGUGGAAAUCCGUUCGAAAUGAAUUCCGGGAAGCUGUUGCGAUUCCAUGCAAAAAGCGGAAAGUUCGUGGAACAGUUCGAUAGGGUUUUCAUCUCAAACGGGCUGGCGUGGAAUAGUGAGGCCAACAAAUUCUACUACGUGGACUCUGGAGCGUAUGCUAUAAAGGUGUUCGACUUUGAUGAUAAUGGUGAUUUAAGUAAUGGAAACCUGUUUUUCGAUAUUAGUGAAAAUAGUAAACAGCCGAAAGAAUUUCCAGACGGCAUGACCAUUGAUACCGAAGGAAACAUCUACUCAGCUAUUUUAAACGGCUCAAGAGUUUUAAAAAUUAGUCCCAGCGGACAAAUUCUACAAGAGAUAAUGAUUCCAACAAAGCAAAUAACAUCGGUGGCAUUUGGUGGUCCAAACUUAGAUGAACUCUUCGUUACAACGGGUAACAAAACAUCAAUUGAAGCGCAGGGGCCACCUGCAGGUGCUACUUUUAAGGUGUCUGGGCUUUGUGUCCGAGGGUUUCCGAUGACGGAAUUAGAACUAUGAUGUAUUCGGACAAGGAUCUGUUUUCAAUUCUUCUGUACGAUCUGUUAUAAAGGAGUUGAGCAAUCCACCUCAGUUAACAGCACAAGGAUAAUUGCACAUUAUCCUUUGAUCGAUAUAGUUUAAAAGAAACUGAUUACCAAGUUUGGCAUCCUUUACUUGAAGAUUCCUUGAGGAACGUCUUUUCAUGAUUUUCUCUUGAACAGCAUGUAUGUUGAAAAAAUAAGUUGACUUCCGUGAUCUGACCAAGUUACAUAUACCUACAACAAAUUACAAAAUUCAUGUUUUAUAUUUAUUGUGAAAUAGAUUGAUGAGUACUGUGGACUGUUCGGAUAAUUAUAAAUACAUUUUGUUGAAUUGA